AUGCCAUAUAAGGCAGUGGUGUUGGCAUUAGAAUUUUUAGAACGAGAGAGUGAAAUGGCGUCCACAAAUGGAACUUCACGCGGUCGACCUAUUCCUAUUGAAGACGCUAUUGGGAUGAUCCAAGACCUAGAAAGUCACACAGGAGGUUUGUUAAGUGACAAGGAAAGCGAUCUGGAUCAGCAGCUAUACAAUAUGGACGAGAAUCGGAGGUAAGUGCUUCGUUGAAGUUCGAGGAGACUUGCUUCACAUGUGCUCCGCGUAAAGAAUGUUGUCUUUAAAGGGCAGGUAUUUGUCGUUUGGAUCGACCUUCCCGCGAUCGAGACCUGUAUUCUAGUUGAAAUAGAUCUCCAAGUUUAUAUUUUUGCUCGUAAAGUUGGACUUACUGGGCCAAAGGUAUACUUUUUUUCAUAUUUUGCUGUAUGCUGGAUGAGACGCGCAAGUCACCUGGGGACGGGGAGAUUCUCAUGGUGACGCAAACUUUGCGUGUUUCUCCUAGGCAACGCAAUUCGUUCGCGUUUUUCCUCAGCAACGCUCGAGUUACAAUUUUUUUAACAGAACUGUAGUGUGUUGUAGAAAACCUUCCUAUUUCUUUCUUUCUUUUAUUUUUGGCAAAGUUUCAAAUAUUUCCUAUAUUUUUUUCACUUGUGUAUUUGUGUUUCAGUGAACAGAAAAUUUUGCUUCUCUUUCCUGUUUAUUACCUGGCCGUUUUUAUGGAUAAUUAUAGUUAUGCUGCUAGUGGUGAUAAUGAUGAUGGUGCAGACAUUCAAUCUGUAGUGUUGCCUUUACACGCAACACCUGCACCUCUUCCUACAGCUGCUUUCGCAGCUCCCCCAGCUGCGUCUGCAACUCCCCCAGCUGCACCCCUGGUUGCAGAAGUUAGUGCGGUUCUUACCGGUCAGUAUUAUUUUAUUGUCAUUGUAGAUAGUAAUUCAAUACAGCUGGUAGCUUGUCUUUUCUUUUAUCGUCUUUGUAUCAUAACAAUAAAUCUGUUUCUUUUUAUUUAGCUGCUACUCCGGCGGCUACUCCAGCCAGGUUCUAUGGCCGAGUACAUCCUCCUGCACGACUUGGUAAGUAAUUAUUUCUAUAGUUUCUAAAGUGUGUUAUAUUUCUAAAUCAAAUAUUGUUUGUUUCAUUUAUGAUAAAGUAGUCAUGAGUUUCAAAAACAUAGAAGUAGCCAGCAUGUUUGAAUGGUGCUUAUAUUGAACCACUGAGUAGUGAAAUGUAUGUUUCUGUUUGUGUAGUUCGCAGGGUCCAUGUUGUUGAUCAGCCUGCUAACUCUGGUGCUGGUCACAGCAGGCCAUGCUGCUGGUUUUAG